AUGGCAGGCAAAGACGAUAACCCUUUCAACGACAGUGACGACCCCUCGGCGCCUCUGAUACAGCUCCAAUCGAAGCCCCAUGAAGAGAUGCUCAAUGGCAUUGACCAAGUACGGUCGGAAGGCAUCGGCAGAUAUGUCAGCCUUCCACAGCUCAUCGUGUGCGGUGACCAGUCGUCCGGCAAAAGUUCCGUGUUGGAGGCCAUCUCAGGCUUAUCUUUCCCGGCCAAGGAUAACAUCUGCACUCGUUUCGCUACCGAGCUCAUUCUGAGGCGUUCGCCAAACGUGGGCGUCAGAGCCUCCAUCCAUGCUGAUGAAGAGCGGCCCGCAGCCGAGCAAGACCGCAUCCGAGGGUUCAAGGCAUCGACCGUCGAGCUUGGACAAUUUGCGAGUAUCGUGAGGCAGGCGGAAAAACACAUCGGAGUCGGUCAGGAUGACCAUCUCUUUUCCAAAGACGUCCUGCGCGUGGAGGUUUCAGGGCCAAAACAGCCUCAUUUGACCUUAGUUGACCUUCCAGGUCUUUACCAUGCGCCGGACGAGUCUCAGACCGCGAAGAGAGUUCACUUCGUAGAGUCGUUAGUCUUGUCCUAUAUACAGAAAGAACGCAGUGUCAUCCUAGCAGUCAUCUCGGCGAAAAGUGAGAUUCCGUUACAAAAGGUCACAGCAUUCACACGCGAAGUCGACCCGCUCGGAAAUCGAACCAUGGGCAUCAUCACAAAGCCAGACACUCUGCCCGAAGAUUCUGAUAUGGAGAGAUCUUUCUAUGAUCUGGCGAUGAACACUCGGCUCAGGUUCCGGCUCGGAUGGCACGUCCUCAAAAAUAGGGAGCAUAAAGAGCAACAUUUUUCUCUCCAACAACGCGACGAGUCCGAGGCCAAAUUUCUAUCCAAGGGAAUAUGGGCCAAAAUGCCACGGUCGCGGGUUGGUAUCGAUUCCUUGAGACCGAGGCUGAGCAGUGUCCUGAUGGACCACAUUAUAUCACAGCUACCGGGGCUCAUUGCUGAAGUUCAACAAUCGUACAAAGAUGCAGAGUCCGGGUUACAAAAGUUGGGGAAAGCACGACAGACAUUGACCGAGCAACGCCGAUAUCUCCUGGAAAGCAGUGACCGGUUCACUAACCUCGUUGAUCAUGCCAUAAAUGGAAUCUACUCCAGCUCGUUCUUCGGAGACCCUAUGGACGAUGAAGGCUAUGAGAAGAGACUGCGUGCUGUUGUCCAGAACCGUCUAUCCGAUUUUGCAGAGACGAUUUCCAAGACGGGAAUGCAAAGAGAUAUUAUUGAUGACGAGGGGGAUAUCGACGGCGAAGGAAACCAGAUUUACCGCUCUGACUUUGUCGAUGAAGUCCAACAACGAAUGCGUCGAAGUCGAGGAAGAGAGUUGCCGGGAACCUACAACCCUCUUAUCAUAGGUGAUCUAUUCUAUCUCCAGAGUAAGCCAUGGGAAUCGAUCGUGACCGGGUGCAUCGAUGACCUUCUUGGCGACAUCCGGAAGGCGAUAACGCCAAUGCUGCAGGAGGUUCUGGACGAAAAGAGCCUGAGAGGUCUUCUGGAACACCUGAUCAAUCCUCGUCUUGAAAAGAUCGAAGAAGAGGUACGCGUCAAGACGGCGGAGCUCCUGAAGCCUCAGCAAUCGGGGCAUCCGAUAACUUAUAAUCACUACUUCACAGAAAGCGUCCAACAAGCGCGUGAAGAACACCUCCGCAGAUACAUCAGGGAAAGGCUGAUGGAAUUCUUUGGAAAAGAGUACCCCACUGGGACCGAAUCGUUGCCAAUGAAAUUCAUCUUUAAAAUGAACGCGUUGAUCGCCGCGCUUGGAACUCAGACAGAAGCAAAUAUGGAACUCUUCGCAGCCUCCGAGGCAAUCGACUGCAUGCUGGCUUACUACAAGGCGACUGGUACAAAGGUUGCGCGAAAGAAAUUCGUGGACGAUUUCAGCGUCCUCGGUGUCGAAAAAUGUCUGUUAGAGACCCUAGCGGUCAUUUUCUGCCCGCGAGUUGUGUCACUACUGUCUGAUGAGACUGUAAAGGCAAUUGCCGAGGAAGAUGAAGGGUCCCGGGUCGAGCGUGAACGGUUAGAGCAGAGGGUGAGAACGCUCAGCAGCGGUCUCAGUCAACUUCGUCGCUUCGAUCGACACAAUAUUUCAGUGCAGAAGGCUCCGGAUGAAGACAGCGACAAGAAUAACCAGAACCGAACAGAGGCUACUGUGGAAGACCAGCAAAAUGUCGAAACCAGCGAGAAUGAGGUUGUCGCGAAGGGCGAAAGUACUCCUACACAAAGUCCUACUCACACAAAGGGAUUCAUUUUCACGGGGGACAGUCCCACCACACCACUCGCACACCAGGAAAGCAGCAAGGGUGUCCUGGAUCCUUGGGAGGAAAGGCCACUUGACUUCACGCCACCACGCAAGGUAAAGAAGGUCAAGAAACAUUCGCAGGCAAAUCUCUUCGAGUAG